AUGGGAAGCGUUGACACUUCUGUUCCUCCACCGAAAGUUGAAACGAGUACUUCGUCCUAUGUUGUUAAUGAGCAUCCCUUGGGGAAACCAGAUCUAUUGAAAGUAAUCUGCAUAGGUGCGGGUGCUACAGGUUUGGAAGUUGCCUACAAGCUCCAAAAACAUCUCCGCAAUGUCGACUUCCAGAUUUACGAGAAAAACGAAGCCCUGGGCGGCACUUGGCUGGAAAAACAGGCGAGUUAG